AUGCAGACUGUCGACAGAGGACAGCUUAUCAUAUCUGACUCAUUGGGCAGGAGUUUCUAUGAUCUCAACGAGACGUUUGAAGAGGACUCUUUCGAGGGCAGGGAGUGGAGGCCCCCGGACUCGGAGCUGAUCAGGAGGAUCCACACCCAGGUGGAGAGCUACCUGUCCGACGAGAGCCUGGCUGAAGACGCCUUCCUCCUGAAACACGUGCGGAGGAACAGGAUGGGCUACGUCAGCAUCAAGCUGCUAACCUCCUUCAAGAAGGUACGAUACUUAACUAGAGACUGGCAGACCACUUUGCAUGCUCUCCGCUUCUCUGAGGCCCUGGUGAUCAACGAAGAAGGGACGAAGGUACGCCGGAGGAAACCUGUCUCCGAGUCUCUUAUCAGCAUCCCCCCCAGCAAGCUGCUGCUGGCCUGGAACUUGCCAGGUGAGCCCCAGGCUCCGGAUAGCUCGCCAGGCCCAGCCCAGCACAACUUGAUGGAGACGGCGAUGGGAGUCUUUGGGGCUCAUGGCACCAUCAGCUCCCUGCGCAUCCUCCGGCCCGGCAAAGAACUGCCUUCUGAGCUCAAGAGGCACGCCUUCAAGUACCCGGAGCUGAGCAGCAAAGUCUGUGCCCUGGUGGAGUACGAGUUCCUCGAUGGAGCCCGGAAGGCUUAUGAAGGGCUGAGGGCCCAGCAGCGGGUGGCUGCCGGGGAAGGCAUAAAGGUGGUCCUCCUGGGAGGCCGGGGCAUCAGGAAGAAGAACUACGUCCUGGACCCCGAGGAGUCCGAAGAUCUGGACGAGACCAGCGAGAGCAAGCCCCCCAAGAAGCCUACCCGCAAGUCCAAGCGCUUCCCCUACGCCCUGGAGGACUCCUCGCUCUACAGCUCCUCAGAGUCAGACUUUGCCCCUGCCUCGCCCGUCCCUGUCCGCAGGGUUGCCCGCCCCCAGGUCCUCUAUGGAAGCCCCCUCGCGAGCCCAAGGGUGGCACCUGCCUUCCGGCCAAACUCCUUCAGCAGCCCCCUGGCCGCCGACUGUCUUGGCAGCCCCAUUCUCCCGCGCAAGCUGUUCCCCAGCGGGCACUGCCCCUCCCCCCUGGCUGCUCCAGAGUUCAGCAGCCCCGCACUAGUGUCCGGAUCGAGUCCUGAAGGCUCCCAGAGGUCGGUGGACGUCUCCUUGGACAGCGGGAUCCUAGUGGGCAGCCCCUGGGUUCAGCGGCGUAAAAUGGCAGCUGGCCAAGCCUUCAUUUCGGAGAAGGUGGUUCUGGUGUCCAGCCUGGGGAAGAAAGCUCUGGUGUCAACUGUGCCGUCCUCUGCGCUGAUCCGCCAGCCACACGGCCCUGACGGUACCAAAGGCUUCUUUAACUGCGUCGGCCGGGGAAAACUGGUGCUGAGACAUUAAGGUUAUCUUUAUACUAAAACGAACUCCAAUUUAUACAUAUCAAGAUAUUUUUUUCCCCCACAAACAUGGGGGUGGAAUAAUGCUGAGGCAUUUAUGUUUGCAUGAAGGUCCAAAGUUGUCAGGUUCUUUAUAUAAAUCUGUUUUAAUAAAAUGAUGUUUAUCUACAUAGGAAUUAAUUAUAGUGGUCACUAUAGAUAGUUUUUUAAAAAAAGAGGUUUGAUUGCAAUCUAUUAAAGAUCAUUAUUGCUUGGGUAACACUUGCUAAGGCACUUGUUUUUCUGGCCCAGGAUCGCUUAGGAGAGGUUAUGUUUCUAUAUCAAUCUUUUUUUCCCUCCCCAAUACAUUUUUUUUUUUUUUUUUUUUAAAGUUUUGUAGUUGUUCUAGCCAGGGCUGUUAGUGUUGUGUCUGGUUUGAAAAAAUAUACCUUUGUCCUCUCUAGAUAUCUGUCUCAUCUAUCUAUCGAUCUGUCUAUAAUAUAUAAUGCGCAGGAAUGUGUCUCUUGUAGUAAACUGAGUUGUGCAUUUUUGUAACUGACUUGCUACAUGCUUCAUGAUGAAUAAAUAAAGAUGUAUUUGUAAUAUUUUUGUGUACUCUGGGUAUAAUGUAGAAAAGAUAUCUGGAGUGGUUUAAUAGCUUUGCUUUAAUCGGUGGUUUGAAGUCCUGAGUGAAUAAGGCUAUGCAGAGAUGGUGCAGGAUCAGUUAAACCCGGUCCUACUUUUUGUAAUGCAUUACCCCCGUAAGGAGCAGCAGGAAUGGAGCGGGUGC